AUCGAAUUGUGUAAAGCGGCCCUCCUUUUAACAGGACAACAAAAUAAAGAAAAUGGCGAUGGAGGGAGAAACAGCUCCAACCGGGACCACUCUUUGCACCUCCAAAGCGAGUGCCCGUCCAACGAUGCGCAUCACUGGGGAAUACCGCUGCAUCAUACCAGCUAUGAGCACCGUCAUCGUUGUCGUUUUGGUCUGUAUUUUCCACGGUUCCCUGGUCGAGGGUCAGUUUGAGCGUGGUCCGACCAGGCGAUCGGCCUUCAUGGAACUGGCUCGUUUCGAGGACUGCGGGAUCUCGGCGACACCCAUUGUCGAACUGUACGCGAGUACGCGCCUGGCAUGCUCGAUGCGCUGCUUGGAAAACCCGAAUUGUGUGAGCUAUGAAUUUAACGAGGUGAACACGACUUGUAAUCUUCAUCAAGUGUCAGCUUUGUUGAACCUUGAGGCGAAGUAUGGAUACACAUACGCCGAUGGUGUUAAUCCGAAUGUGGGUGAACAACAUCCGUGUGCUGACAACCCAUGUAACGAAGGUAACCUUUGUAUUGAGGAAUGCGUACCCAAUGGAUUCACAUGUGAAUGCCCAGAAGGAUUAAUGGGCACUUAUUGUGACGCUCUUGCUCCUGUGAACGGUGGAUUCACGUCAUGGGGUGACUAUUCGGAGUGUUCAGACAGCUGUCUUCAAACCAGAUACAGGAACUGCACCAAUCCCAGAGUGGUGGCCAGAGGAAGGGACUGCGUAGGACCCAACACUGGAGUCAGAGAUUGUGGUGUCCCAUGUACAAUUUUCCCCAACAUCAACUGUGUUUCGACGUCGGACUUCACAAAUGAUUAUAACGCAGUGGAACUCGACGACCACGACCAGAUGACUCUAGGAGGCUGCAUGGCGACAUGUCGGGAACUCGGCUACAGGUUUGCGGGUGUAUCUGGGAGCAAAUGUCAUUGCACACGAAACAUGGUGACGACACACUUGGACGAUUUUAGUGCAUCGUGGGGAUGUGAUACGCCGUGCCCUGGAUCGUCAGGAAGCGCCAAUCAUACGUGCGGAGGCGAUGGCCAUGUCUCUGUCUAUGCAACAGGAUCUAGCUAUCGCGGAUGUUACCGUGGGAGGCCGAAGAACAGUAUGGUCGCCAUCGAGCCUGCUGAUCCCACAACGAUGGCGAUGACGACCACGGUAGUAAUGACUACCCUUGACGAAGCAACAACUUUGAACAGGGAAACGACCGUAAACGAAGCAAUGACGACUGCUGGAGAGGCUGGAACAACCAGUGGACCGGUCGGUGGAGCAACUGAAAACGGGACUACUGCGGCGGGAUUGACAGGUGGCAAUGGUACGACCGGAGCCGCUGGUGGUGAGACCACCGCCGCUGGCAACGCUGGAACCACAAAACAAUCGGGUACUACGGAACCACCGACUACCAACGCUCCGACGACAACCGGCGCACCGACCACCGCCGAACCGACCACGACUGAAGGUGUCACCACGCCCUACGUCACCACUGUCAUUCCCUACCCUGGUAUCACCGUCAAUGAAUGCGUGGGCGAGUGCGACGUACUUGGUUUUAUGUACGCCUCCCUGUACAAUGGUUCAUACUGUAUCUGCCAUAACUCGAUGGCCGACCUGGAAGUCGAGUAUGAUGACGAGGCGAACUGCGACAUGGAGUGCAAAGGUGGGAAUGACUAUGGAGGCGGGCUGAUCUGCGGCGGCGAAGGAUAUGUGUCAGUCUACCAGGGUAAUUUCUUAGACACGACAACAUGGACCGACUGGUUCAACGGCGACUCUCCCGCCAGCGACGGAGCCGAUGCAGAGACUCCAGAUGACUUCAGAGCAGCGAAACCCUGGGUGUGCGACAACCCCGUCGACAUCCAGUGCAAGACGACAGACGAUCUUCGCUACGACGAAACGGACGACGUUCUAGCCGUAGCCUGCACCUUGCAAGGCGGGAUCAACUGCACAAAGGAGGAUCAGACCAUCUACUUCAACGUUACAGUCAACGUCACCAACUAUGACGUCUAUGACAUUAACGUUACCAACCAGAUACAGCAAUAUGGCUGCUCACUCUACGGUGUCGCUGCCAACGGGAGCCUGGUCUACCUCGAGCCCUACACACAUAGACCCACCGGUGAACCAACCACUACAGCGUUCCCAGGCACCACUGGUGCACUAACUGGCGCCGCCACCACGGAAAUGCCCGGUACUACCGGCGCCUUCACUAUGGCUAUGAGUACCACCGCCAAUGCGCCGCUGUACCUCAAUACCACCGUGCAGUGCGGUAACGCGACGGUGGAUUUGAUAGGGACAGAGACGAGGAACGAUUCUAUAGUGGUCUUGACGUGGAAGUUGGUUCCGCAAGAAAAUGCUUGUGAAGAUUAUAAAAUCAGGCUCAAAUGUCCUAAAGAGAAAGACAAGGCCAUUGGUUGCUAUUACAACAGCGAUGUUAGUGAGGUCACAACGACUCCCCUCACUUUGGAAUUUGAAACGUGUGUUGCCUCCUGCCGGGACGCCGGGUACCGCUUCACAGGACUGCGCAAAGAUAUCGGAGAGUGCGCAUGCGGGAACAGCAUGGCCAAUCAGGAGACGUUACUUGAUCAGUGCGCACAGACGUGUGGUGAUAACAACGAACCAUGUGGUGGAAUCAGCAAGCAGGCAGUGUAUUUCUCAGGAUGCGCGCUACCCUUUGAAGUCAAUUCGACCAUGAUGACUGGUACACUGAUGCAUAACAAUGAUGAUUCAGACGACUAUGGGAUGUGGUUCUACGCCCUCGAUGAUACUCCGUCUAUAGACUUGGGAAACUUUACCAAUGAAGGAGAGCAGCUUGACUUCCAAGUGGACAUCGACCUUGGGACACCAAGGACAGUGUCAAAGCUUGAAACCAAAGGACUUUUCAUGAGCAGACUGAACUCCUGGACUGGAGUUUCAUCUUUCACCCUUGGCUACCGUCUCAGGGCAGAUCACGAUCUUGAGGUUUUCACAGAGCCUGGCAGUACAGAGGCAACGGUUUUCGAAAUGUCGGGCUUCAGUGGAGUGACGGAGCAUGAUCUGGGCAAUUACUUGAUGGCCAGAUUCCUUUACAUCUACGUCAAAUCCUACACAGACUUCCCUGCUAUAAAACUUGAAGCGUAUGGAUGUGCAGACUAGUCAAACAAAUAUUCAGUAUCUUCAUCGAAUUUCUCCUUUCUCCUUAACCACCACUUAAGGAAUGUUAGGCAUAUGUAAUAACUUUUAUUUUGUAUAUUGUAUUUGAAAAUUAUUCUAUUUAAUUUUGCCAAAUAUAUAUUUUUAUCCUAAAAAAUCCAUGGAUCAUAUUUUAUAUGACAAAUUAUUUAGAGAGAGGUGGGAAGGAAUAAUAUGCAAGAAAUAUGCAGCAAAAGAUUAUUUUGUCAUUUUGUCUCUUUAAGCAGUAUCAAUUAUCCUUUCUACAAGUUCCAGUGUCAUUAGAAUGUUAAUAAUGUAAAUUUUACAAUCAUUGUAUUAAAUUUUUAGUAUGUGACACUUUAAAGUAAAUGUGGCGUACACCAUUUGAAAAUACAUGUAUAUAUGCUUCUAAUUUCUUAAUCUUGAUCAGAUGUUGUGUUUUCAAGGAUGUAAUGCAACUUUAAGUAUUGAGAGAAUGUAUAGACUGGGUAUGGUAUCAUAGUUUGUUCCUUGGACAUAAUAGUGAAUCAAUGAUUUCACCUUUAAAUCUA